GAAACUGGCAGUGUCUGGCUAGAUGCUGAUGCAAGACGAUUUCGGUCAAUAAAAAUGAUGGCAUGCGAUUUUAAAGUGAACGAACAACCCCCCCAACAAUACAAAAACACCCGAAGGCCCCUUGGGGUACUUUAAUGUUCUCAAAGGAGUCCCAAAUCUGUUGACUUUUCUGGCAGUGUUAAAGGGAGCUGUGGUCAAGUAGUUUUGGUUCCUUGUUUUUUUAAAUCCUGUAAAAACAGCCCAAGAGGCAGAGGAGCUGUAGCAGGGAUGUGUUCUGAGCAGUUUUUCCCCCGUUGCCUGACUGCCUGUGCCUGUGCUGUGGUUGUGUGCCCCAGGGUGAACAGCAGCCUGUCCAGCGAUGAGCUCCUCCUGGAAGACCUGGAGACAGAAGGAGAGAGGCAGCUGAAGAGCCUCCUUCACCACCAGCUGGACACCAGUGUCUCCAUCGAGCAGUGCAAGUCAAAGCGGAGAUGCUUCGCCCCCGCAGCUUUUUACAAACCCUUUGGGGAAGAGGCUGCGGGGGCUUUGACCCUCUCACAGUUCCAGGCCCUGCAGGAGAGUGACAAAGAAACCUCCUCUCUCCGGGAGCUGGGGCUCUCUGACUCGGAGAUCCUGCUCUGGAAGAACCAGGAUUCAGCAAGGAAGGGCUCGGGGCUGGGGGCAGCCCCCGAGGCCACGCAGGAGCGGCUGGAUGCCAUCCGGGAGAAGCUGGAGGAGCGGCGGCGCAUCCUGGCGCUGCCGCAGAGGUUUGCGGGCAGCAAGCAGCUGAGCCGGCGGGAGAUGGAGAUCGAGCAGGCUCUCUUCCAGGGCACGGACCGCCACUCCUUCCUCAGGGCCCUCUACCACCAAGAUGACACUCAGAAGAGGGGAACAGAUGAAAAGGAUCCCAUGGUUCAUCUGGAGAGUGUUUACCAAGAGCUGCUGAGCAAGAAGUGCCCUGAAAAAGUCCAGUCUGCUGCAAGUGACCCCUGCUUGUCCCCGACCCCACAGGGGUCUAGGACUGAGGAGUCAUCACUUCCAGACCAGGAGGAGCAAGCACAACAGGCAGCAAGUCCCAGUGUUUCUGCAGCAGAGCCCCACCAGUCCCCUCCAAGGCCUGUGGUUAUCAAAGAGCCAGUUGAGUUUGUCCCAGAAGAGGAGAUCCUCAGGAACCGCCUCUCAGAGGAAGAACUACGGAAAAUUCCCAGGUUCUCAUCCUACCAUCCAGGAGAGCCCAACAGGGUGCUGUAUUUGAAGAACCUGGGCCCCCGAGUGAGAGUGAAGGACCUGGUGUCCCUGUUUGCUCGGUUCCAGAGGGAGGACAGCCCCCUGAUCCAUUUCCGCCUCCUGAGCGGCCGCAUGAGGGAUCAGGCCUUCAUCACCUUCCCUGACACAGAGUCAGCGCAGAGAGCCCUGCAGCUGCUGAACGGGUACAAGCUGCAGGGGAAGCCCCUGGUCAUCGCCUUUGGGAAAAGCAGGAAGCAUUUGCCAGAGCCUGACGCUACCAUCCCCAGCUCCUCUGCUGCAGAGAACGCUCCUGCCACGUGAGGGAUGGAGAACCAGCAGCCUUGUGGAGUUCAGUGAGCUGUGGGAAAGCUGUGGUUGGACCUGGGACAAUGCAGGAGCAGCAAUCUCAGAGUGGGGAAAGGAGAGCUGGGGACUGGGCUCUUCUUGAGAGCUGGGCAGUGCCCACUCACUGUGGUGGCAAGGAGGGAGGGAAGAGGCCAGGUAAAUAAAUGCACUUAUUGUGGUA